ACAAAAAACAAGACCCAAAAGAAGUAAUUACUUAUUGCCUGCGUCCACUAACUAAUUCAAUUGUGGUUAAUGACCGCCUAAUUAAAUAUGUUGGCAUUAGUUCUCAUUGUGAUAAACACUUCAAGCAUGGCAUUACCCGAGAAGGAAUUAUCGAGAUGGUGGAAUUACUGAAUACUCGCUAUUUUCCUUUUAGCGGUAAACAAGGAAAAGAAAAAAACUACUUUAAAGAUUACCCCGAAAAAGACAAUAAAAGAUAUAAAUUAGUCUGGUGA